GGCGUGGGAAAGAGCCCCGUGGAGCCGACCGCGCCGCCGCUCGAGUCGCGUCUAGCCCGGUCCGAGGCGGGAGGAAGGGAGGAGGCAGGCAGGGAGGGCGCUGCGCCCCGCUCGGUGUUGCUGGUUCCGGCCGGGCUGCGCCCCGCGCUGCCUUCACCGCGAUGAAGCGCCCGUGCGAGGAGACGACCUCCGAGAGCGACAUGGACGAGACCAUCGACGUGGGGAGCGAGAACAAUUACUCGGGGCAAAGUACUAACUCUGUGAUUAGAUCGAAUUCUCCAACAACAACAUCUCAGAUUAUGGCAAGAAAGAAAAGGAGAGGGAUUAUAGAGAAAAGGCGUCGAGAUCGGAUAAAUAACAGUUUAUCUGAGUUGAGACGACUGGUGCCAACUGCUUUUGAAAAACAAGGAUCUGCAAAGUUAGAAAAAGCUGAAAUAUUACAAAUGACAGUGGAUCAUUUGAAGAUGCUUCAAGCUACGGGGGGUAAAGGCUACUUUGAUGCACAUGCUCUAGCCAUGGACUUCAUGAGCAUUGGGUUCCGAGAGUGUUUAACAGAAGUGGCCAGGUACCUGAGCUCGGUGGAAGGCCUGGACUCCUCGGAUCCCCUGCGGGUGCGACUAGUCUCUCAUCUCAGCACAUGUGCCUCGCAGCGGGAGGCUGCGGCAAUGACAUCCUCUCUGGCGCACCACCACCACCCUCUCCAUCCUCACCACUGGGCCGCAGCCUUCCACCAUCUCCCCACAGCCUUGCUCCAACCCAAUGGACUCCAUGCCUCCGAGUCAACACCUUGUCGCCUCUCCACGACUUCAGAAGUGCCUCCUGCCCACGGCUCUGCACUGCUCACGGCCACAUUUGCCCAUGCAGAUUCUGCUCUUCGGAUGCCAUCGACGGGCAGUGUCGCCCCCUGCGUGCCACCUCUUUCCACUUCUCUUUUGUCCCUCUCAGCCACUGUCCAUGCAGCUGCUGCAGCAGCCACUGCAGCUGCACACAGCUUCCCUCUGUCUUUUGCAGGGGCAUUCCCCAUGCUCCCCCCAAAUGCAGCUGCUGCAGUGGCAGCCGCCACCGCAAUCAGUCCCCCCUUGUCGGUAUCAGCCACAUCCAGCCCUCAGCAGACAAGCAAUGGAACAAACAGUAAACCUUACCGACCCUGGGGGACAGAAGUGGGAGCUUUUUAAGUUUUCAUUGAACUUCUUGCAAUAGUAACUGAAUGUCCUUCAUUUCAGAGUCAGCUUGACACCUCUGCACCCUGAAAGUAGCCAUACAGAUGUCUCCAGAUCCACAAAGGAACAAUAAAGCUAUUUCAGACACAAA